AUGCUUCGACCCCAACGACUCGAGACAGAAGGAAAUGGGACAGGGCAGAAGACGCAGCACAAUGCGGAUCGCAGGACGAGGGAGCUUUACCGUUACUACCAGCCUGCUGAACCACUUGGCGUAAUUCCGUCUUGGCUUUCUGCGGAUGAAGCUUUUCCGUCGCCUGUCUCAACCGGAACCUCCCAAUCCAACACACCUCCAAUCCGAAAUAGCUCGUGCGGUUCAAACAGCAGUUCGACUUCCGGCCCUUCGACAGCGGUUGGCCCAGAGAGUCUGGUUCUGGGAACAUCGAACAAUACUCUGACUUCUUUUGCGCAGCUGGCGGCAUUGCGCCUGAAUGUAGAGCGCGCCUUGAUUUGCGUACUUGAUCGAGACCAGCAGUUUAUGCUGGCCGAAGCAACCAAGUCCGUGAACUUGAAUGACACAUCGUUACACGAUGGUCGUGAUCAGAUAUGGAUGGGGUCCACUGGAGGCCAAAGGGCCUGGAAUCUGUGUCAGGACACACUUGCCUUGCCUCCCUCCGAGCGCGAAAAUGCGCAUUACCAAUUACUUACGGUCAGCGAUUUGAGCGAACAUGAUCGAUACAAACGCCUUCCAUUCGUCGUAAACGAGCCCAAUUUCAAAUUCUUUGCCGGGACGCCUUUGACGACGGAUAAUAACAUCAAUUUGGGAUGCCUCUUUGUGCUAGACACCAGCCCACGUGAUGGAUUGAAUGAAUUGGAGAAAGACACGCUGGGAUCGUUGUCAAUGUUGAUUUUGGAUUACAUGAAGAUUUGUCGCCAAGCUUCGGAGGGCCGACGAGCUGCGCGUUUAUCACGGGGGCUGAGCUAUUUUGUGGAGGGUAGCUCGAGUUUUGUAGAUACUGUCGAUCCUUCUCGGGCGGAUAGUACUGGGCCGUUCUCUGCGGGCACACCGUCGAGCCAUAAUCGCGUUAGUACAUUCGGCGACUCUCGGGAGGGACACAGUGCGGAUCAUGGAUCUCAAAGCGGAUCGCGUGAAAGCGCAUACCACACAACAUCAGAAAGUCCACACAACCCGCGUUCUCUCAGCAACGAGGGACAAUCAAUUAGCUCCGAUGCUUCAGAGUCAAAACCUGAAACAGGAACUUCUGCUGCUGCGAGCUCUCUGCCGGAAUGGGUUACUAGUAGUAGCCGCAAUCGACUGCCUCCGGAUGAUUCACAGGGAAACUCUUGGUGUUUUCGCCGUGCUGCGAACCUGCUCCGGGAGAGUCUGGAUCUAAGCAGGGAUGGCGGUGUUGCGUUCUUCGAGGCAAACAAUAAUCCUUUGACAGAUAUCGAUAGUGACACAGAUUCCUCAUCAGAUUCGAGUGGACCUGCCACGAUCUUAUCAUUAUCUACCCACGAUGAGCCGUUUUCUUUCAGUCAACAGGGUACCUCAGUUAGUACCCCUGUUGCCAAUCUUGAUCGAUCAUUUUUAUCCCUGUUGCUUCGACGAUACCCAAAGGGGAAGCUCUGGUCUUUCCACCGAGACGGCCAGAUAUCAACCUCCGAUGAUGAUGAUGAGCAGGGUCCCAGUUACUGGGGGUCUCCCGGUCCAAAUAGGUCCAAUGGGGCCUUCUCAACAAAUGCUAUUUCGAAACCAAUGGCCAAGCGACGGAAAGCUGCAGAGAACACGAUGCUCAAUAAAUAUUUCCCCCAUGCUACUCAAAUCAUUUUUGUGCCUUUGUGGAACGCUGUCAGCUCACAGUGGUUCUCAGGGUGCUUUUGUUGGACCGCUGUGGAGACACAGGUCUUCACAUCAGCCGUGGAGCUUAGCUCCGUUCUUGGUUUUGGGUCAUCUGUGAUGGCUGAGUACAGCCGGGUCGAGUCCUUAAUUGCAGAUCGGCAAAAGGGAGACUUCAUUGGGAGCAUUUCGCAUGAGCUUCGAAGCCCGCUUCAUGGUAUCUUGGCUGCAGCUGAGUUUUUGAACGGCACGCAACUUAGUGAAUUUCAAGAUUCCUUGCUCGAGACGGUCAAUGCCUGUGGCAGAACCUUACUGGACACCAUGAAUCAGGUGCUUGAUUAUAGCAAGGUAGUUUCGCUUGAGCGAACCUGGAAAUCCAUGAAACAGAGGAAGGAAUCACCGCUGGAUUUCAAAGGAAACGACAAGCUGGCGUCCCAUUUGGACACUUAUGUCGCUACAGAUCUUGCUAUUUUGGCGGAAGAAGUCGUCGAGGGUAUUUGUUUGGGCCAUGCAUAUGGCCAGAACUCGAACGCGGCCGCCGAUAUCCCGGUUCUAUUGUCACAUAACGGCCCCAAAGUUCAGUCUCCUUCCAAUGUAGAUGUGAUUAUUGAUGUGGCGCAACGUGAUUGGGUUUAUCGAACUCAACCGGGCGCUCUUCGCCGAAUCAUUAUGAACCUGUUUGGAAAUGCCAUGAAAUACACCGACCAAGGGCGCGUUACGAUUAGCCUUGGGGCGUCGAGCCAUUCAGAAGGCCGCUCUAGACGGCAAGGCUUGGAGGAUCUGGUGACGUUGACUGUUUCCGACACCGGAAGGGGAAUUUCGGAAGAAUUUUUGCGCGGUCGACUUUACACCCCUUUUGCUCAAGAGGAUUCGCUUGCCGUGGGAACCGGGUUAGGACUUUCCAUUGUCCGCAGUCUGGUCAAGGCUUUGAAUGGACACAUCCGCGUCCGUAGUCGCCCAAGUGAAGGUACUGUUGUACGGGUAUCUCUGCCGCUGGCUAGGCCAGUAGGUGAGGAGAGCCCACCUGUUGACCCACAUGCCUUUAACAUGCAGCAAAGGGAAAUUCUCUCCCAGACUACCAUCCUUCGUGAAGGCUAUCCGAAUAAGAAAGUUGCGAUUUGGGCUACCGAUCCCUCCAACUUGACAGAACCUUGGAUCGAAAUCGCACGGUACAUGACCGAGUGGUUCGGCUUGGAAAUCGUCAGUUGGCCACCUUCCGUGACAAUUGACAUUUUGCUCGUCCAGGAGUCAGACCUACCUGAAUUGCGCAAUGGGAUAUCCGCCACACUCCCAGCCCUUCUCAUUUUAUGCCACAGGUCGGUUGACUACAGUAUAGCACGCUCCGAAUGGUCACCUCUGUCCUCGUCUGUUGACAUCAUUCGCCGCCCAUGUGGACCACACAAGCUGGCCCGGAGUGUACUUAGGUGUCUGCAGCAUGGUCAGCCCGCCGUUGUAACUCCAGUGUCUAUUCUACAGGACCCGAUGGAUCUGCCUAUCCGAAGUGCGCCCGCUUCCACUGUAGUUGGCUCUCCCAGAACCUCGCCUAUCUCAUCCCCUGCUCCAGCGGAAAUCCUGGGCUCGAAAGCCGGUAGUCCCGUGUCAGGAGAGGAUGGUUCCCCUACCUCACCUUCAGUUAUCACUGCACCCCCGGAGGAGAUUGUCGCUGCUUCACUACCGGCGCCCUUGGCAGAGACUACAGUGCCCCCAUUGCGAGCAUCGCGUGUUUUGGUUGUCGACGACAACCGUAUCAAUCUAAAUCUCAUGAUUACGUUCAUGAAAAAGCGCAGACUGACCGAUUUGAUGGCCGCGGAGAACGGAAAAUUGGCUGUUGAAGCGGUUGAGCAGGCGCAGCAUGGUUUUGACAUCAUCUUCAUGGACAUGUCAAUGCCUGUCAUGAACGGCUUCGAGGCUACUCGGGCUAUUCGUGCGAUGGAGAGGGAAGAUGAUGGUCGCGGGCCGGCCGUCAUCAUCGCCUUGACGGGUCUGAGCAGCUCUCGUGAUGAGUCCGAGGCUCUCGCAUCUGGCGUAGACAUGUUCCUCACCAAGCCAGUAUCUUUUAAGGAAGUUUCACGACUCCUUGAUGAAUGGGAAAAGAAUGGAUUGAAGAACGAGCGAAAGGCAGGCAAUUGA